GGAAACCUCUUUCUUCACGUCCGCGUUUGGAGAGCUGAUUUGAAUAUUAUUUGAACUUAGCCCCUUCUCCUUUUUAAGCAUUCUAAUCCUCAUCUCUCCAUUUGCACCAAACACCUUCUCUUCUUCUAUACCUAAUUCUCUCUCUCUCUCUCUCUCUCUCUCUCUCUCUCUCUCCAAAAAAGCAACACACUGCAUAUAUAUACAAAGUUCAAGAAUCAUUCAUCUGUACAUUUUGCAUAUCCAAGAAAAUGACUGUGCACAAGGCUAAAUGGAUAUCUAUGGUUUCUAGUUGUUUCAAGCCACUUGAACAAAAACGAGCAUUGAAGGCGCCCAAGAAAGAGGUCACUAAACAAACUUCAUUCACAAGACUUUCCCUGUCUGAUCUGAGCAACCCUAGUUCACUCUCUGAAGAUCUUUCCAUCUCUCUUGCUGGCUCAAAUCUUCAUGUCUUUACCCUCGCGGAGCUAAAGGUGAUAACCCAGAACUUCUCUUCAAGUAACUUUCUCGGUGAAGGUGGAUUUGGACCAGUGCACAAAGGGUUCAUUGAUGAUAAACUUAGGCCUGGAUUGAAGGCUCAGCCUGUUGCCGUUAAGCUUUUAGAUUUGGACGGCUUACAGGGUCAUAGGGAGUGGUUGACGGAAGUAAUCUUCCUUGGGCAAUUGAGGCACCCACAUCUAGUAAAGUUGAUUGGUUAUUGUUGCGAAGAAGAACAUAGGCUUCUUGUUUAUGAAUAUAUGCCACGGGGCAGCCUAGAGAACCAGUUAUUUAGAAGAUAUUCUGUAUCACUACCAUGGUCGACAAGAAUGAAAAUUGCUCUUGGAGCUGCAAAGGGUCUUGCUUUCCUUCAUGAAUCAGAAAAAUCUGUUAUUUAUAGGGAUUUCAAAGCCUCAAACAUCUUGUUAGACUCGGAUUAUAAUGCUAAACUUUCAGAUUUUGGGUUAGCAAAGGAUGGUCCUCAAGGAUCUGAUACGCAUGUUUCCACCCGAGUUAUGGGAACUCAAGGCUAUGCUGCUCCUGAAUAUAUCAUGACAGGACACUUGACGGCAAUGAGUGAUGUGUAUAGUUUUGGGGUCGUACUCCUAGAGCUUCUUACAGGAAGAAGGUCUGUUGACAAGAGCCGUCCUCAAAGAGAACAGAAGUUGGCAGAGUGGGCAAGACCUAUGCUAAAUGAUCCCCGGAAACUCGGUCGGAUAAUGGACCCAAGACUGGAAGGCCAGUACUCGGAAACUGGAGCAAGAAAGGCAGCUGCAUUGGCUUAUCUAUGCUUGAGUCACAGGCCAAAACAGAGACCGAUAAUGAGUAUUGUGGUCAAGACUCUUGAAUCAUUCAAGGAUUUUGAGGAUAUCCCUGUUGGACCCUUUGUUUACACAGUUCCAACAGAAAGUGAUAAUCAUAAAGAAGAUGUUAAAGAAUGCAUUGAACCCAAAAAAGAAUUGAAGAAAGAGAGUAACGGGCAGCAUCAUCAAAAACAUCCACUGCACCAUGGCCAUAGGCAUCGUCACGGAUCGCCAAGGUCACCAACAAUUCAUUCAGAAACUGCUCUACGUCAAAAUCAAAGAAGUGGGUUGCAGUCUUCCUUGCACCCAAAUGCCAAAGCAGCAUAGAUUAUUAGUAAAAAUGUAAUUAAAUUAGUCACACUUGUAAAUACACUUUUUCUUUUUAUGUGUUUUUGGUUGAAGAAAUUGCAUAUUUUAACAAUUCAAAUACUUAGGCAUGUAACUGUAAGAAAUCUUGUGAGAGAACCGGUUUGAUUACUUGA